UUCAUCUAGGAUGAAUCAACAUAGCCUUCGUGAUCAAUCAUGAAUAUCCUAAUAUAUAUGAAUAGUUAUAUUAAAUUGUAGCUUUCUAACUUCGCUGCGCACUCAGGCACAACGCGGAACUUUUACAGUCAUUUCAAACAGUGCAUUGUGAAUUAUAUUUAGAUUAUGUCAUUUUAACAUAAAAUUUGCAUUCUUCUUUAUACAGGACUUCAAAGAAUGCUUAUUUUGAUAUCAGUUUGCUGGUAAUUAUUGGUGUACAUUAGAUGGAUUCUUUGAUGUGAUUCAAUGUAGAUAGGAGCCCUGAUGAAUCGUUGAAAUGAAGAAGUUUAAUUCAUGCUACGAAUUUGUGGAAAGGAAGAUUGGAGCGGGAUUUGCAAGAUACGGACGUUUUGUUUCCCACCAUGCUUGGAAAAUUAUCAUUGCAACAGUCAUUGUGAACGGAGCGCUUGGAAUAGGAAUGAUCAAGCUCCAGAGUGACAUUGAAACCGGAAACGUUUAUCUUCCUCAAGGGACGGAGUCACGUGAUGAUCUUGCACGGGUAGAUGACAUUUUUCCUAAUCUCAGCGGUUCCAAUUUCAACCCACUUACAGUAUCAAUCGUGGAAGGUCUAUACGCAAGAGUUAUUGUUCGAGCUACAUCAGGAAAUCUUCUCGACAAGACAGUGUUGGAAGAAAUUAAAACGAUGUCGGACUUCAUUCAAAACAUUGAAACAAAGAACGACGAUGGAUCAACAAUAAAGUUUUCUGACGUAUGUGCUAGGUCUCACUCUCGCUGUGCUAUUGAGGGGAACAUUUUCUGGGAUGAAGAUUUUCUCAAAGCGGUAGACAAUACCAAUGUCACCUACCCUGUGUUUUUCUCUUCGUCAAGCGGCAGUCAAGAUUAUUCUUCGAUUGUAGGAAAGGUGACACUAGACAGUUCUGGGAAAUAUUUGACUAAAAUGGAAUUUCUUCGCAUUGGCUUCAACAUACGGACGGACGAGGACAAAUACAAGGUCAUGGCCGAAAAAUGGGUAGCAGAAUUUCUAAUACAUCUGCAGUCAUACACGAGCAGUAACAAGUUCGAUUUUGCGUACGGUCAUCAUAAUUCUCUGGACGAGGAACUGGACGAGAAUGUAUCAGGAGAUAUAGCACUGUUCGCCGCCACAAUAGCCAUGAUGAUGACAUACGCUUGUGUCGCCACAUUAUCUUCCAGAAUAACGGACCAGGUUGGACAACGCAUGUGGCUAGGUUUCGGUGGGAUUUUGGCAGCAGGGCUAGCAAUCGUUUCAAGUUUUGGUAUCUGCGCAGCUUGUGGUGUGGAUUUCGUCAGUAUAGUUGGCAUCGUACCUUUCCUCAUCAUUGGUAUUGGUAUUGACGACAUGUUCUUACUGCUGUCCGGUUUAUCAGAAGCACAAACAAAACACUCGGUGGAAGACAAGAUGGCGGAAACAUUACGUAUUUCCGGUGUAGGGAUAACAAUAACUUCAGUAACAGACAUCAUUGCUUUUAUGGCCGGUGCUGGAUCAAGUUUCAUCGCCGUUAGAAACUUCUGUAUCUAUACAGCCGUUGCCGUCGUGUUCUGCUACAUCAACAACGUAACGUUAUUCGCAGCUUGCAUUGCUAUAAACGAACGCCGUGUUGGAGACAACCGUCACUACAUGACCUGCAGACGCAUACAAACAAAAGAAGUCUUAAAAAUUGAAAACAAAUCAAAAAAAUACAUUUUGUGCUGCGGAGGCCGCCCACCUAAAAACAGAGAAGAGGCUGAGAGUUUUGUGGACAAACUCCCACGUUGGUUAAUUCCAAAGAUUGUUUUGAAACUGCCUUUCAAAAUUAUAAUUAUCAUUCUGUUUCUCGGAUAUUUGGCUGCUGCUAUUUACGGUUGUGUAAAUCUAAAACAGGGUUUACUGUUCACCCAGUUAGUGAGUGAUGAUUCGUAUUUUUUCAAGUAUUCCGAAUGGGAGCAGAACUACUUCAAGCGGAAUGACGCCGUGGCUUUUGUCAUCCCGAGCACGCACGAGUAUUCUAAAACGGAGACACAAUCAAUGAUAGAUGAACUGAUCUCAAGUGUUCAGUCUAAUAAAUACUUCGACGAUGAUUUUGAAGUAAACUGGUUAAAGACGUACAUGAAUUCCGAAUACAUCAAUGGCUCAUCAGAGUCAGAAUUCAUUUCCGGUCUCCAAAAAUUUCUUGGUGACCCGCGAUAUUCCAUAUUUGUAAACGACGUUAAAAUUGAUUCUAUAAAUAACCAUAUAACAUCGUCACGUGUAUAUGUUCUGACGGUUGAUUUAGAAGAUAGCCAAGAAGAAGGCAAAAUGAUGCUGGAGUCUCGAGAUUUAGCGAGCGCUGCAACAAUUGACUGUUUUGCUUUUGCGCCGCCUUUUGUUGCUUAUGAGCAGUACGUUCGUAUACUAGGCCAGACUCUUCAAUCUGUGGGCAUAGCUUUAGUGGCUGUGUUUAUAAUCACGUGUAUCUUUAUGCCACAUCCGGUGAUGAUAAUAUUUGUCACAGUGGUUGUUACAAUGAUUAUGAUUGGCGUGUUUGGAUUCAUAUAUUAUAUAGACGUCGCUUUGAGUGCAAUCACGAUGAUUCAUAUGAUUAUGAGUAUAGGUUUCUCGGUUGAUUUCACCGCACACAUAUGCCAUGGUUACAUGAUUUCGAAUGGUGCGACACGUGACAUAAGGGUCAAACAGGCCAUAGACAAAACUGGUGCACCGAUAUUUCAUGGCGCUGUUUCAUCCCUCUUUGGUAUAUUAGUUCUUGUCGCGGCAAAAUCAUAUAUUUUUAGAACAUUUGCAGCUGUCAUGUCUUUUGUUUUGCUUUUUGGAAUUGCGCAUGCGUUACUGCUGCUUCCGGUCAUAUUGUCAUGGAUAGGACCGGGUAGAAUAGAUUCCGAGGAUGAAGGAACCAAACGUUUAAAGAGAGAGAACUCACCAAAGUGGAAUCAGAAUGAGUAUUUUGAAACAGAUGGAGCUUUCAUUAAUGUCGUUUCGAAUAGGGCUACCAGGCAAAAUGGUUUGGGACAUAGGUCUCAGGUACAGCUACCGAAAAAGAAAAAUAAUGAAAUCCAGUUUAACGAAGCAAAUAACGUGAUAAGUACAGACAUUUCUGCAAGUCAUUUAAAUGACGCCUUUGUAAACGGACCAACAGAAGAUCCUCAUGCAAUUGUUGAAAGGAAUAUUCCUGACGAACCGGACAGUAAACAGAAUGAGCUGAAGGUAGCGGAAGCUGGAGAUAAUGUUUUGAAGGUGCCGUAUAAUGAAACAGUUCCGGAAGAUAAACUCGAAAACGACAAAUAUAACACAGUGAAUGCUGAUAAUGACAGAGUUAACUUUAAAAAGUAUGCCGCUAUGUAUAACCUCAACAUUUCUGGUUCAGACGGUGAAUAUUCAUGGCAUGAGAUCAAACAAUAAAUCAAAUAGUACUACGCAAUAUAUAUACUGAAUGCUUUUUUUUUUCACUUGUGAAAUAAAUGUGCACAUAUCACUUGGUUCUAACAUAUCUAUUCCCGACGAUAUUAGAACGAAAGACAAGUCUCCUAAAAUGGACUAAGAAAUGAAAGUUUCGCAUAAGUACAAUGAAGCUUUAAAUAUGCAAUGAUUGUGGAAUUGUAGUCUCCUAUCUCAACAAAUUGUUUCCGGAAAAACAAU